AUGGCCUCACGCGCCCACGUCCCAGAUCUAUUCCGUUACCCGUUGGGGGGAGACUGGCCUCGGGAAUUGCACGAUUCAUUCAAAAGACUCCAACAAUGCAGUAUCAGUGUUGGAAACAGCCACACUUACAUCACUGCGAGGCUGAGAAUCCGUCCAGAUUCACAGUCUCCAUGGCUCGACGUCCAGAUUGGUCCCAUGCACAUCGCCAUCCCUGCCACCCGGGCAGCUAUGAGAUUGGUUCUAAAGGGCUCCUCCAAUCAGCAGGAUUCUUUCAUCGAAGGACACGAGAAGUCUCUUCCCACAAGACGAAACGGUUAUCAAACCUGCUUCUUUGAGGUGGACCCAUCAAUUGGCCCUAUAUUCGCUGGUCCGUCUUGGCUUUUGGACGAUGAGCAACUCGCCAUCCUUCACAAGAUCCAGGAUAUUGAUUGGUCUCACGAGAAGGUCAAUAUCUGGAUCGAGUUCCCAGACCAACGCCUCGGGGUAUACCGACAAGCCCAGCGCCACAUGAAUGAGUUGGUGAAGCUUGUUCGACAGGCCCUCCCCGCCAAUGGAGAGACGCCUCGGACUUGGUAUGUCCAGCGCAAUCCUUUGCCGAAUGCAGAAAAAGCACCACGGCGCCCGAAGAUGCCAUGGCUAUUUGAUCGAGAGGAGUUCCCGGAAUACCAUAUCUGGCAGACAGCGGUGGACUUUUUCUUGGAUGAUAUGGAUUGCCGGUCGCGACUGCUUGAGGCCGCAUUCGUGGAAAAGCAUUUCCUCUGGUCCACCUAUAAUGAGGCCUUUCACGAGAGCAAGGAGCACGAGGCUAUGUUUGAGCAAUCUGGGCCGAACGAGGCGUACUGGAAACUCCAUAUCUGGAUAAAUGCCAGGCCCAAGCCAGCGCCCCCUGAAGGCACGAGCGCGAGAUAUGAAGUCGAUUUGGCGGAUCUGGAUAAUCGCAAAUACCCAGAGGCAUACAAGGGCAAUGGAAUCUGCAUUUUCUCGCCCCAUGCAGAUUUUGCCAUCGUCACUCGUGCGCCCUUCGAAGCCGAGUUGGACGGGCAGACUCGAAAGCUGAGGGUCGCCCUGACGCUCAGUCUGAAGUCUACCCAACUGCAGAUUGACGCCCUCGACAUGGCCUCAAAGGUGGUAUCCUUCGGCGACAAUCCCAAGCACCAGGGUGAAAAGGGCUACUCACUCCGACGGACCAUUUUGGCGCACGGAACCGAGCUGUCCACAGACGACCGUUCGGCCUUCUGGUUAAAUGCCCAGAAGAUUUCGACCCUGCGCGAUCAGGAGAAGGAAAGGCGAGUCGACUAUAUCUGGGAAAAGUUCCCAUUGGAUCAGUCGCAAACCGCGGCCGUGCAGAGGUCGGUGUUCCAAGUGCUCGCUGGGAUUCACUUGGUCAAAGGCCCACCUGGCAACGGCAAGACCCGAACCACCAUGGUCAUCCUCUUGAUGCUAGCCAGCCUGAAUCUUCCGGUCCUUAUCUGUGCGGGCUCAAACCAGGCCGUCGAUAACCUCUUGAUCGCCUACCAGGAUGCCCUUCACGGAGAUGAAAGGCUUCGGCAAUGGUGUGGGAACUACUGCCGGUUCCAGGCCCCGUACUAUCAGAUGGCAUCUCUGCGCCGGGCAAGCCAGCACCGAGGAAUCAAGAGGAGAAAUGUUCGGCCAUCCUUCUCUGAAAAGGCUCUCGAAGCUUGCCAGAUCGAGUCUUUGGUGGUCCAAGAAGCCAAAGAUCACUGCGAAGAGCAUCGGCAAGCCGAAGAAUUCUUGGAUGCUCUGGAUAAGGAUCGCGCGCAGGGGUUGACCAACGAGGAGGCCCGCUGUCUUCAGCGCACCUACGAGAAUGUGCUCCGCAGGGUUCUGAAAAGAAUGAGGGUUGUCGCCGUCACGCUAAGCGCGUCGGGGGACCUUCAUCGACAAGGCGUUUUCCACCCAUACGCCAUGCUGUGUGACGAGGCCGGUCAAUGCUUGGAGAGCGAUACCAUGAUCGCGUUGACAGGGUUUCUCUCCUUGAGGUCGAUCACCUUAAUCGGUGAUCCUGAUCAGCUCCCCCCGACUGUGUUCUCAACGGAUGAGAACGAGGGUGGCAACUUUUACGCCCGAUCUCUGAUGUCUAGAUUGGCCAGCUGCUACCCACUCACGUUGCUGAACAUCAACUACCGAUGCCACCCCGAGAUUCUCGAUUGGCCCGCGAAGGCGAUCUACAAGAGCAAGAUCACUGCUCGUGACGAGAACGUCAGGCCCGAACGGGUGGGCAAUGUAUGGGAAGCAUUCACCCAUCCCCUCCACCAUUUCCGGGUCAAGGGGCUUGUUGGGAAGCGGCGUCUUUUCAUUGAUGCAGAUGGCAUCGCGGAACAGCCAUACGGAUCCACAUCCUGGCGCAACGAUGCCCAAAUCACUGUUGUGAUGACAUUGCUCCAGGCACUGUAUGCGAAGACAUGCCCGGCCGGUCGCAUUACACCCAGCGACGUGAUGUUGAUCAGCCCCUACAAGGAGCAGGUGAAACGAGUUGUUGAGCGCUUCACCAAGGAGGGGGUGGAAUACGGCCGUUGUGUGACGGUGGACGGCUCUCAGGGCCAAGAGUCGAAUGUGGUGAUUUUCAUGUUCACCAAACCGCACACCGUGAAUUUCACUGGACUAGGCUUCUUGUCUAGUUACCAGCGGUUGAACGUGGCCAUGACACGCGCCAAGAAGCUGAUGAUCGUUGUCGUCAAUAUGCGCAUCUGGAACGAGAGGUUUGCCGUGAAGGCAAAGACGGGCAACACCAGAUUCUUGGCCAGCCUUCUCCAGGAUGCGGUCAAUAAGCGCGACGUUUUGAGAUGGGAAGGCCCGCUAACCGUCUACAGGCCCUUCGAAUCUCCCGCCCCCCCUCGCGCGAGCCUGAGGCCAAGUGCAAAUGAUGACCUGGCCGUGGUCACAUCAAAGCUUGAGGACGUAUGUAUGUCCGAUGCUGAAAAGCAGGCCGGAAAGAGGGAUCGGGCUCGACGGCGCGCGGAGCCCAAAGCUGCUUUGGCGGCACUCGAUGCAGAGGAAGAGGAAGAGGAGAGACAGUCACGCCAAUAG